AUGAGUUCCGACCAUUUAUCCCCAAGUACUUCGAACUUAUCGGUCAAAGUUCCUAAACCGAGGAGAUUUAGUCGAAUUGCUCCUGACAAUGAUUCAUCUAACAUUACACCCAAUGAUACUAUUACCCUGACUACUGCUACAAUACCUGCUAAUACAAGUAUAUCUGAAUCUUCAACUACUUCAAAUGCAAAUACCACUACUCCUCAUCCCUCAUAUAUUCCACCAUGGACUGAACCUUAUAUUAUUGGUAUAGCAGGGAAUUCAGGAUCUGGUAAGACAUCUAUUGCUCAGAAAAUCGUUCAAGAAUUAAAUCAACCUUGGACAGUUCUUUUAUCAUUUGAUAACUUUUAUAAUCCCUUAACUGAAGAAGAACGGAAACAAGCAUUUGAAAAUAAUUUUGAUUUUGAUACUCCAGAAUCUCUUGAUUUAGAUUUGGUUAUUGAAACAGUUAAUUCACUUAAGAAAGGUCAUAAAACAACUAUCCCAGUAUAUUCAUUUGAACAUCAUAAUCGUACAGAUAAGACCAUUACUAUUUAUGGUGCUAAUGUUAUUAUUAUCGAAGGGAUUUAUUCAUUAUAUGAUCCACGAUUAUUAGAUAUGAUGGAUUUAAAAAUUUAUGUAGAUACAGAUCUUGAUAUUUGUUUGGCUAGACGUUUAACAAGAGAUAUUCUUUAUAGAGGUAGAGAUUUAGGAGGAUGUCUUAAACAAUGGGAAACUUUUGUUAAGCCUAAUGCUGUCAAAUAUGUUAAUCCAACCAUGUAUAAUGCUGAUUUAAUUAUUCCUCGUGGGUUAGAUAAUGUAAUUGCUAUCAAUUUAAUGAUCAAACAUAUUGAGAAACAAUUAAUUCUUAAAUCAAGUCAACAUUUGAAAUAUUUACAGACUUUGGAUAUUAAAGUUAUUGAUUUAAAAGAUUAUAAUUUAAAAAUCUUACCUAUAAAUAAUCAAACCCGAGGUAUAAAUUCGAUUUUAUUUGAUGAAGAAACAGAAAGAUCUGAUUUUAUCUUUUAUUUCAAUCGUAUCAGUAAUCUUAUAAUUGAAAAAGGGUUAGAGUUUAUAAAUAAUUAUGAACCAAUUUUAGUUAAUAAUAAUUAUCAUGGAUUGAAAUUAAUUGAUGAUAUUGUGGCGAUUAGUAUUAUUCGAUCUGGUGAUUGUUUUAUGCAAUCGAUUAAGAAAACAUUUCCCGAAGUAAGUAUUGGGAAAUUACUUAUUCAAAGUGAUUCAAAGACUGGUGAACCUCAAUUACAUUAUGAUUCUAUACCUAAUGAUAUUGAGAAUAAAAAGAUUAUGUUAUUUGAUUCACAACUUAUAAGUGGAGCUGCAGCAAUCAUGGCGGUUCAAGUUUUAUUAGAUCAUGGGUGUAAAGAAAAAGAUAUUAUAUUAUGUUGUUAUUUAUCUACUGAAUUAGGAUUAAGAAGAAUACUUAAUGUUUUCCCUCAUGUUAAUAUUGUUAUAGGGAAACUUUCGAAUAUUGGAGAGAAUACUAACAAUUGGUAUAAUCCUGAAAAAUGUAGAGAUAGUGAUUGGCCAUUUAGAAAUAGAUAUAUAGACAGUUUAUACUUUGGAACUGAAUGA